AACCUGGCUGAAGUUGGCUUUAACCAUCCUUUAAUUCCUAAAAAAGAAGUUCAUCAGCAUAAUAUAACAGCCAAAUAACUAAUUGUGAUGUUAAUAUGUGAAGCAGGUUGGUCAAACAAGACUCUGUCCAGCUUCUGCAGCAUAGGUCAACACAUGAAGAACAUUUCUGCCCCAUCUUCUUAUUUAUUAUCAGCAUGGGCUGGAGGAAAUAAGACAGAUAUUAUUGUAUGCUUCCUAUUACAUACUUCAUUUCAACUAAUUAAAACAUGAAGUGACGUCUCCUUUCACUUGUCCAGUGUCAUUAAGCCUCUUCCACGUUCCUUUAAAUGAAUGAAUGCUGUAAAAGCCUAUAAAACACAAACUCCAGCUCAGUGCAGCACGAUUCAGCGAUGGUCACGCACAAGCUCGUGUCUGAAGUGCUGCGUAAAAGUUAAACCUUGAAGCUGCCUGUUUGUGGAAACACUCGCUCACCUCACCGCGUUCCCUCCAUUUGCACGCGCUCUUGGCGCGUGCGGAGAAUCGUGAAGGGACGCGUAAACCGCACGCGCUGGUUUCCAGGUCAACCCUCGUUUAUGAUUUCGAACGUGACGAGUGGUCGCGCGAGCGCGCUCCUGUAAUUCCCCAUGCGUACAGAACUGACGCGCGUCUUCGGAGCUCAUGAGAAAAUGCUGACGCGUGUACGGUGCAUUGUGUGGACGUGUUUGACGCGCGGCUUGCGACAAUGAUCUUCUGAUGGAUAUUUAUUACUCUUAAAGACUUUUUAUAGACGCAAACAUCAAACUCGUAUACCUCGACUUUUCCGAAGAGCGUUAAGGCGGGAGCUCGGUUUGGAGGUUCGGUGUAGCCUAAUUUCUGUCAUUCUGUCACCAUGUAUGAUUCAUAUACCACAAUGUUCCAAUGGAUAUUUAUUAAAUACCGUUAACUUUUCCUGGACACGAAUAAUUGUCGCAAAUAUGUUCAUGCAGAAAUGUAUAACAACCCCUGAUGAAUUCGGGAACGAAGACGCAUUAAUUUGACGUGCAGAGCAAACUCAUCUUCAAAUUACGUCCGAGAACACUUGUACCCACAUUUGGAUAAACUGAAGUUUUGCGCACGCACGGUGAUGCCGGAGGUCACCGCCACCCGAAGUGACAAGCUUGCAUCCAAAGACAUAAUGUUAUGUAACACCACAGCCAUCAAAGACUGGAGUUAUUUUCUUUCCCAAAUCUUGCCCCUUGUGAAUAAAUCUGCAGGAUUUGUCAAUCGAAGCAUGGAUCGGGUGGAGGCGAUGACGAGCACCAUGGUGACGGCUCUGGAGCCCGACUUGAGCGGCAUGAGCGCCAGUCACCCGCCGCUUGACUCCAAUCACACGUCUGGGCUGGAGCACAUCUUCCAGUACUCAUACUCGGAGAGUGACCAGCAGUAUACCGACUACAGGACACCGGCGAGGGACUCAAUUCAGCUGCCUAAAGCGGUCCUGUACUUGGUCAUGGCCGCGCUGGUGGUGGUGGCCGUGGCUUACGCGAUCGUGGGUCACCUGGUGAAGGAUCUCGUGCAUGAAUUUGUAGAGUGGAUGUUUGGGCCUCGAUCUAAUGACAGACGGAGCAAGAGUGAAGUAAAUUGCAUUAGCAUGAAAGAAAUGAGUGAACUGCCUCAUACAGUGGACUCACACUACAUCACAUACAAUCACUCAGAAGCCUCGGGCACCUUAAAGCCUGAAGAUCUGGUGGUCACCAUUGAUGAGACCUCACAACUACACCAUGAAGGUUACAGCGGAACCUAAUUAAAGAAAAGUCUAAUUUGAUUUGUCCGUUAUAAUGAGAAGGUUUGCUUCAGGUUGAUCAGCGUCUUUGACGUUAAGAGGAGUCACGGUGAAGCAGUGUGACCUUUGGUGGAAGGUUUAUUCUGGGAUGAAGAAACAGAAGGAACGUGGAAGACUUUAGAUGGCAUCAAACCAUUCACAAAUAACUUAUAUGACACAUCUGUGAACUUUGUAAAACUCUUUAUUGGAGUGCUGCAAGAUAUUUCCAGUAUAUGGAUGCGCACCAGAAACCAGAAAGAAACUUUUGUUUAUCAAUCACAUCAGUCUUAUGAAAUAAUAUUUGUUUUGUGGAGACAUGCACUGUGAAUUUACUGUAGAAUAGAUUUCUGCUGUUACAAAUUUCCUCCUUGUUUGAUUUUCUCCCCUUUGGCAGAUCAUUUUCAGUUUUCUAUGCCAAUUCAUAGUAUUUGCAGUUAUUAGAUCAUUUAGGUUUUCUGCGAUCAGCUGUGCUGCUUGAGAAAAACACAGAAAAUACUAAUGGACUUCUGGCAAACGGAUCCUUGAAAUGUCAGGAAUAAUAAAGAUCACUUACUGAUCCUUAGACCUGAAAAAAUAACCUUGUAGAUAAUUCACAGUGGCAAAGUGAUGAAAACACAAAAGCUUGCCAUCUUAAAUGAUGUUUGUAAUACAGUACUACACACUAUUCACUCAAAAUAUAUAUAAACAAAACAUAAACUUAAAAACACUUAUAAAUGAUAUUUAUGUUAUGUGUUGACAGAUGAUCUGAAAUGAUUACUUCACAACUAAGGGCUAUACGUUCAGGUUUUAUAGUGUAUAGUUUCUUCUGUGCAGUUGUUAUAAAGUAUCACAUUUGUAAAAGCAUUAAAAUCAAUAUGUGCAAAAAAUGGAUAUUGAAGAUUUUGGCUGGUUUGAUCCUCUCAAUUGUUUCCAUCUGGAAAAAGUAUAAAAACAGUCUCAGUGAUAUUAGCUCAGUACUUGUGAAAUGAAAUUGAGACUUCAGGCUGAAAGUAGAAGUAAAACACAGUUUUUGCUCUUUUCACUCCCCCUGAUUUCUUUUGUGUGUUUUCUUACAACAUUCUUUAAUAAAUAAGAUGUAUUGUAUGUUUUUUUUUUACAUCUGUUGCCUAAUUGUAAUGGUGUGUCACAUAUACAAAACAUAAUGCAAAAAAGUGUUGUAAUCCUUGUGUCUGGUUAAGUUAUGCACUGUCAUGUAAGAAUAAUGGAAAAGAUGUUACAGAAGAAACAUACAAAAUAUUUCCAUGUUCUGAAAAUUUCACAAAAUAAUAUGUGACGUACUGUUUAUCUAAAUUAACUUGCUUAAGCUUGUAAUUAUUAUUAUUAUUAUUAUUCCUAUUUUAAUACCAAAAAUAAUAGAUUUUACAUUAAACAUUAAAAAGUACUCUAAUACAAUUCUUAGACACAGAGUAUGAUAUUUAACCCAUGUAGUACUUUGCAAAUUGGUUCGUAUUUUUGUAUAACACUACAACACCUAAAUAUAUUUUUAAAAAAUCUUUAAAAUAAAGUAAAAUCUGACACAAGCUCUUAUUUAUUGAGCGAGGAUCAAAUAAUUCUUCUUUAACCAAUCACAACUCGUU